AUGAGCUAUAAUCCGUAUAACAAUUACAAUAGUGGUCAGUAUGGCCAAUAUGGCGGCGGCGGCGGCGGCUACAGUACCAAUGGGGGAUAUAACUCGUAUAAUAGCGGCUCGAGCGGUCGAUAUGAUCCCUUCGGUGACCAGAAUGCUGCGGCAGCCGGAUCGCAUGAGAUGUCUUCCUUGGGGAAUAGCGGUCCGAAUCAAGCGUCAUCAAGCCAGAACGUUCUUGCAGAACGUUCGCGAAUCCAACAGGAAUUGCAAGAAGUUGAGCGGAUGCUCGCAGCACUUCCGGGCUAUCAGAAACGGUGCCUUGAAGACACGGAUACAUCGAUAAAUUCGCAAUCUAAGCGCGAGCUCGACAGGUUCAAGCAGGAGAUCAUGGACAAGUAUAGGAAGAUUGCUGAGCGGAUCCGCGACUUCAAGCGCAUUCCUCAGAGUGCUCAGCUGGGCAAUGUAUCGGGCCUCGAGAACCAGCUCAGGAGAGCAAUUCAGAGAUUCCAGGAGCUCGAUGCGGCAUUUGGCAAGGAUAUGGAAGCUCAAGCUGUUCGCCAGCUUCGUAUUGUCCGCCCCGACAUGUCGGAUGAAGAGAUUCAAAAGGCGGUGCAGAGUAACAAUGCCCCCGUCUUCGAGCAGGCUCUCAUGGGCAGCGCGCGUCUUGGACAAGCGCAGGAGGUGCUUCGGGCUGUUGAGCAGCGCCAUCAAGAGAUGCUGCAUAUCGAACGACAGUUGGAAGAGCUGUUGAACUUGCUCAAUGAUAUGCAGGAACUGUUGGCCAAGCAAGAAGUCACUGUGAUGGAAAUCGACCAGCAAGCUGAGGCUGCCGCUGGGGAUAUGGUCAAGGCCAAUGAGCAGCUUGAGGUUGCAGUUACUACGGCGCGCAAGACGCGCAAGAAGAAGUGGAUUUGCUUGGGCAUCUGCGUCGCUAUCGUUGUCAUUGUCGUGGUUAUUGUAGUGGCAUAUAUCAUGAUCAACCGCGCUGCCAACGGUGGCGGUGGCGGUGGCGGCAGUAGCAACAACGACAACAGCAACAACAAUGGUAACACCAACGCUGGAAACGACGGAGCCACGGUUAAUACUGGGACUGGCAACGUUGGUACUACCGAUGGCAUCAUCAGCAACGGUGACAGUAGCAGCACCGGGAGUGGUCAAAAGAAGCGUAGCAUCUUCCAGCAACGGUCCGUCCUUGACGACUUGAAAAUGAACAAUAUCCGUGCGGUCCGGAUCGAUACAACCACCCCUCCUGCUCUGCCUGCGCGCCUUGGAAGGAGACUGCGAGUCGAUCGGAUUGGGUUGGCUGGUAAUCUAGGUCUGCCACAUCCGGUCCCUCCUGUUGAGAAGAAGAUCCCGAUGAUGAAGAAGCGGUUUGUUGUUGAUUGGGAGGGUGUUGACUCGACCGAGGCAAGUGACGACAGCUGA